AUGUCAACCGAGCCAGCGUCUUCUGUAGCAGCACCAGCACCUUACUAUAUCUCCAAAUCGAAUGUUUGCGUAAACAGCAAAGGUGAAAGCAUCGGUAAUGGUGUUUUCGCUAACCAAAGAUUCGGGGCCGGCGAAGAGAUUGCCAACUUCAAGCGCCCGCUUGUUGGCUCACUAGAGACCGAACGGCUACUCGACACCUGUGCGAAUUGUUACCUCUGGACUGAAGGUUCAUCGACUGGAACGAGGCUGUAUGUACCUGAAGGGGCGAAAGUGAACAAAUGUGCUGCAUGCCAGAGAUUUCAAUACUGCAGCAAGGCGUGCCAAAAAGACGCGUGGAAUCGGGGUCAUAAGCAUGAGUGCAAAACGCUGAAGCCCAUGGUUGGUAGACAUCUCCCCAAAGCUUUCCUCGCGUGCGUGGAACUACUCAUCAGACGCAAGCACAAUCUCAUCUCCGAUGAAGAAUGGGAGCUGCUUUGCCGCUUACCUUCCCACAUCGAUGAUUUCAAGCGCAGUGGAACCUAUGAGAACAUCGAACUUAUGGCAAUGGGUGCUGGUCAGUUCUCAUUGUCACAAAACAUGUUCGACAAGGAUUUUAUUGCCGCGAUGUAUGGCCGAAUCAUGUCGAAUGCCCUUACAUUGAUCACACCGACACUCGAUCCUCUGGGUAUUAUGAUAGAUCCUAUGCUCUGCCACAUGAAUCAUUCCUGCGAUCCCAAUGCAUACAUCAUGAUGGACGGACCGCAGGUGAGCAUUCGUACCCUACGGCCUAUCAGGAAAGACAAAGAAAUCUUCAUCUCUUACAUUGACGCUACCAACCCCUACCACAAGCGGCAAGAAGAACUUCGAUCACGAUGGUUCUUCACCUGUCGCUGUGCAAAAUGCCAGAAGAAAGCUACUCUCCAAGAAGACAACUGGUUAGUACCAGCAAAUCCUCGGUUCGUGUUGGGCAAAGACGAAAUGGAAGCAAUGGCCGGGAGCCAGGAGAAGACUUUCGAACUGUAUACCCAGCUCCAAGGAAUGGCUGACUCAAAGCUUGUUAUCGAAGCGCUUCAGGAAACUCUCAAGAUAGGCUAUGAGUCGAGAUUCUGCCCAGUUUACCGUCAACCGUAUGCCGCGGUCCGUGACGAUCUGAUUGUACACCUGCUCUCCGUAGGGAAGUACCAAGAGGCAUGGACACAAUGCGCUAAGCGGUACAAGCACAUCCUUCCUAAGUUGCAUCCGGUCCCUUUUCACCCGGUUCGGGUAGUCCAGAUAUGGCAGAUGGCAAUGCUGGCUGCAUAUCUAGCUAGCACCGAAGAGGGCGUGAGUGCGCCAGGGGUGAACAUGGGCCUCAUCGCCAUGAUGCUGGUGAAGCAGGUACUGGAUGUUGCGCACCUGAGCCAUGGACCGACUAAUGCAUUCACAAAGAGCGUGAAGGCCAAAGCAGAAGAAAUGAUAGAGGAGCUGAAAAGAAGUAUUGGCAAUCCGAACAGCGAUGUCAUGAACCGAGAACUUGAGGUCCAGAGAGACAGGCUGAUGGAUAUGGGCGACUGGGCUAAGGACGGGCAAUUUCUGGGAAAGGUAACACCGCUAGAAACUAUACAAUUAAAGGAGAAAGCUUUCAGCGUCUUCAAUAUGCCCCCCAAAGCUGCUACUCUCGAUGGCCAGAAGGUGGUCCCAGCCGACUGCGUCUCUGUCCUCCUUAUGGCCUUAGGCAGUACCACCAUCACCAAGGCUCAGUAUGAGAUGAUGUCGGCUCUUGACGGCACACGUACUGCAAGCUCUUUCGAGCAUCAAUUCCGCACGAUCACAGCCAAGGCAAAGGAAUUGAAAGCCCGUGCCGAAAAGGGCGAGACCUUCCAAGCCGUGACACCUGUCAAUAAGCGCCAGACUACCCCAGCAACACCCAACAAGAGAAAGGCCGCUUCUUCAGGAUCCGACGAUGCGACCCCCUCCAGAAAGAAGGUGACUCCCAAGUCACGUGGAAAGAAGAGCCAGACCCCGCUUGAGACGAUGGAUGACACUUUCCCCGAGGACGCCGAAGAGUUCAUUAAGAAUGAGGCCAAGUGGGAGGAGGAAGUGUUCUCUCAGAGGACGAUGGGCAUAAUUGGAUGA